AUGGAAGCCAUAGAGUCGCCUACUGGAUCCUCUUCUCCAACGCCCAUGUCCGCACCCAUUAAGCGGAAGCAUCGACCUGGCCUUCAUCGGACACAAAUUGCCUGCCAACGAUGUCGGCUAAGGAAAAACAAGUGUGAUGGAAAGAUCCCGAGCUGCACCACUUGUGAGAAAGCAGGGACACCAUGUACUGUGGUUGACCGUCUCACGUACCGACAAUACCCGAGGGGACAUGUUGAAGAUCUCGAGGCGCAGAUCGUUUCUCUCAAAGAGGAAAAUGACCAGCUUAGAGCCGAGCUUCAAAUGUUCAGGCAAAGUGGAAUAUCAACUCCGUUGUCCCAAGAGGCUUCUGUUCAGGCUGUCCCAGCUGUCUCAGAGCAUGAUCUCGCCUCAAAUAUUGCUAGACUAUCUCUCGAAGGAUCCUCCGAGAAGAAGUAUGUGGGAGAGUCAAGUGGAGUUCACUUUGGAAAUAUUGUGCAAGCACUUGUACCUCUCACAGACUACAAGAGAGCACCAUCUUCGGGAAGGUUCCCACUUCGUGUCGAAAGGCCAUCAUCUGGGAGUUCACCAGCAAUGAGUGAUGGUGGAUUUCAUCCAAAGCCGGUCCCAUCGCUGGAAAUAGCCAAUAUGCUUCAAGUAGCAUAUUUUGAGACUAGAUGGGCAAGCUUUCCAUUGCUUCAUAGGCCGACAUUUAUGGAGAAGCAUUUCUCUCACGUGAUGCAGCAUGGAAUGGCAGCCAAUCAUGCUUCACUAUUCUUGGUCUACAUGGUGUUUGCGAUAGCGUCGAUUGAUCUGCAGCGUCAGAAGAAGGAGCUUGUUGGUGUGCAUCUGGAAUUCUUCAACACUGCAACUUCCAUGUUCCUUGGAGGCCUGAUGGCAGCAGAUAAUCUCGAGACGAUCCAAGGGCUUUUGCUGAUGACUAUCUUUGCUAUAAAUGAGCCUCAAAGUAUCAAUGCUUGGAUGGUCAAUGGUCUAGCUAUCCGUUUUGCCAUCGAUCUUGGUUUGCAUAGAAAAUCCUAUUGUCCGACGAGAAGUCUUCUGCGGUCAGAGAUGAAGAAAAGAAUUUUUUGGUCAGCAUACGCUUUGGACCGGAAUAUCUCGGUAGCCCUAGGCCGUCCAUUCUGCAUACAGGAUCGGGAAAUUAAUGUGGAUCUACCGCUUCAAUUGACUGAUCAACAGAUUCUUGAGGAGUCUGCGCCAGAGGAAGCUUUCGCCCCAAGUAUCUACGAUAUGUCUACCUUCAGACAUAUCGUCAGAUUGAGGCAGAUUCAUUCUAAGAUUCUUCGAAAAUUCUACCCAGUCAAUGCUUCCGAGCAGGAUGGGACGCAAUUUCAGGAGAGCAGGGACCAGAUUCGUGCCGAACUGGAGCAAUGGAUGGUCUCCACUCCUCGGUAUAUAUCACCAACAACAGCGACGUUUCAAUCAUUUGAGUGGUUUCAGAUUGCAUAUAAUCAUGCUUUGAUUUUACUUUAUCGUCCUUCACCUGUGUGUCCUCAAGCCAAUCUACAAGUUUUGCAGAUUUGCGCAGACUCUUCUAUAAAUAUGAUUACUGGUUAUCUCGCGCUUUACAGCAAGAAUAAAAUUACAUAUACGUGGAUUGCUCUACAUUCUGUCUUCAUGGCGAGUGUUACGAUGCUGUAUACUCUGGUGGCGCCAGAGAUUCGAAGAAGUACGACCCGAGCUGUUGUGAAAUCCAACAUAAACUCUUGCUUAAGUCUGUUCGAAGAUAUGGGCAAAUUGUGGCCGGCGGCAGCGAGUCGCUCAUACACCGUGAUCGAAAGACUAGGCAGGACAACACUGAACCUUUUCGAAGAUAGCACUAUCUUGAACGAUGGAAGAACGCAAGGCGCAGCGGGCAACAGAUUUGGGGAGAUCGAUCAAGAAUAUAUGGAAUGGUUCGGGAUGAAAGAUCAUAUCGGGCCAUUUUCGGACGAAUUUUCGGACACCGCUCCGAGAAUUAACGUUGAAGCGGAUCCAGUAACUUCGCAGUCACUUCUGCAGGACCAAGCUUUCAACGGGAUAAUGGAUAUGGAGGGAUUGUUUGACCUUGGCUUUGAUAUGUCACUGCCUUUGAUGACGGAUGUAUGCGGCAUGGGAGAUGGCUUUGCUCAAGGGGACUAUUCCGUUUAA